AUCGUUUUUUUUUAUGUUGACCUGUCUGGUCGGGACACGCGACGUGUUGGAGUCUAUGUUGCACGACAACGCGUGGGCUAGCAUUCCGUGGGAGUGGAGGCUCAUUCCACAGGCUCGGUGGGUGCGCCUCCAGAUUCAUGAUGGCCAGUUCUUGCGCCAUGUGGAGUUUGCCAUCCUUGUGAUGGAGCCGGUCCAUCAGCUUUUGAGGCGGAUGGACAGAGGAGGGAUGAUGAUGUCCAUUGUCUACGAGUGGAGUCAGCAUCUCGUUCGGCUGAUGAGGUUGAUGCCGGUCCUGGCAGAGUUUCUGGCAUGCGUGGGAGAGGUUGAGAUGCGCCUGAUGCAUCUGUUGGAACCUGCCCAUGCCGCCGCCCAUCUCCUCAACCCCCGUCGACGCUCUUUGAAGUAUUUCGAGUCUCUCCACACGACAUCGGAGGACGUCGAGGUCAUACGAGAGUGUGAUCGAUUUCUGCUUGCGCAGACGGGCGGAGAUUCGACAGGCAGAGAUUACCUCAUCGUGCGCGCGCAGAUUCGACAUUUCCACGCCCGGAGAGGCAACUGGGGCGAUCUUUCUAUGUCAGCUGGUGGUUCGCCCACAGCGUCUCGUUGUGCGGCAUGGUGGUUCGCCCACGGCGUAGCCCACCCAGAGUUGCGUUCCAUCGCCAUUCGAGUGAUGCACAUGUGGGCGUCCGCUGCGGAGAGGAAUUGGGCGGAGCAUGAGUGCAUCCUGACGGCGAAGCGCAACAAGCUUGGUUUUGCCAAGCUCGCACAGCUGGUUGAGAUUACGACUAAUCUCAAACUGGCUUCGUGCAGGCAGCAUGGCGGUGGGUAUGUUUUGCCUUGGAUCAUGGACAGAGAGAGAGAGGAGCAGAGACCUCCUGCCGCCGCGGGCGAGGACGAGGAGGACGCCGACCCGGAGCUAGACGCGUGGGGGGCCAGACUGGCUGGGACCGUCAGCGAUGCGGAGCUCAGGAGGCAGAUCGACGUGUUCUUACCCACAUUGCUACCUUACGAGCAUGUGCCUCCGCCCGCACAGGACGCCGGCGUUGAGGGUAUGCAGGUCGGGGAGUACGACUGGACGGACCCGGAGGACCUUGUGUCGGGCGGCGAUAGGACAGCGGAGCAGGUGCAUUUUACGUAUGGUGCAGGAUCGGAUGGCCUUGCAUCGCGGACGCCAGUCAUCACCGGCGACGGCUUACUCCGGACAGAGGGUGUUGUAGACCGACCGUCCCCUUCACCGCCUGCGGGUCACUCAGGUCAGCCAUGGAGGGAGAGAGAUAUACAGCUGCCCCCGCUGCCGAGGGGGCAGGUACACGGUGUAGACUCCAGCGGCGAGGACGAGGGCAAGACGGAGGAGCAUCUAACGAAUGCACGGUUCGCUCCUAGCCACCACUCGUUUGCCAGGGCAUGGGAGCUUCGUCGAUCGAGGAGAUUGGCAGGGCAGGGGGCUGAGAGGGGUGCACAUUCGCAGCACCUAGAUGAGAUCCCAGCGGGGGAGCAGACUCCGGUCACUCCUGCUCACGGUCGUGAUCGUCAGGACGCCCACGACAUGCCGUCUUCGUUGAGGACCAGCGAUUUUGACGUCGCUGGCUCUCAUGGUCGAUCGCUUGUCUUGCGUUACAGAUUUACAGAGAAGCCGGUGCAGGCGAGAGAUACGAGUCAGAGAGAGAAGACGGAGGAGGAGAGGGACACCCGCAUUGAUCAUGAGGAGGAGGCACGCUUGUGGUCUAUGCCGAGUGGUGGACCGCCCGUUGGUGUGCCGACGGGGGCGAGCGAUCGUGCCGUGGAGGGGGAGCACGCACCCGAGAGAGAGGGUGACAGUGAUGGUCGGCCUGUUGGAGAUGACAGCGAUCAGGACGCACGAGAUGAUAGCUCGGACGCCACGCACGAGGGAGAGGCCACAGACGUCGGAGGGUUCAUCGACAGAGUGAUCGUUGGCCUUUGCGCGGGGGACAUGGAGGGGGGUACACCUGGAGGCCACGGUACUUCGCAGGGGGGGGAUGCGGUUAUGGAUGAGGAGCCAGGGUUGCACACUGACCGUCAGGGCAGCGACAGUGGUGCAGGACACAGUCCUGUCAUGGAGGGUGUUGUCGACGUUGACGACGAGGCCCGGUUGUCCCUGACGCAGGACGUAGCGGGAGACAUGUCCCUCAAAUUGGUUGUGAGGACUCCGCUACCUGUUCACGCUGACGAGGGCGACAGAGGUCGCCGGUUCAACGAGAGGCUGGGGGAGUCCACCCCACCACCUCUCAACCAAGAGUAGCUGGAGCGCGCGGGGAUGGAGGACCCCUACGAUCAUACUGGUCGGAGGAGCGACCCCUGCCGACCGCCACAUGGUUUCACGUCGCCUCCGAGGUGGGUGCCCCAGAGCC